CCCACUUAUUCUUCAAAAAUCUCUUGGAACUUCAAAACUAUAAAUACAGAGCUCAUUCGUACUGAAUCUUUAAGUUCUUCUCUGCCUAAAAGCUCCCAUUGCACAUUUUCCUUCGACUCAAACAGAGAUCGUUCUCAUUUUCUCCCACAGCGAAACCAGUUUCCCGUGGUUCACAGAAGUCAGUCAUAAGAUUUACCUAUCUUUUCAGAUGGCAGAAGCACAGAUGGGAAUGUCAUCUAUUGAUCCAAAAGAGAAGAGUUCACUGCUAGAUGAGGAAAUAGGAAAGGAGUUCCUCACCUCCUGGAAAUCAAUGUCAGUGACAGAAGAUGAUGCUAUGGAUUUUAGCUUUGAUACCGUGGCCAAAGGCAAAAAAAAGACAUUCAACUUUGAGAAUUUGGAUAUGGAUUUCAAUCUGGAUGGUGAUUUUGACAAGUUGUCAUCGUUUAAAGUGGACAUUUCAGACCUUGAUUUCUCAUGCCCACCCAAAAAAACUGCAAAACCUAAAGAAAGCUCUGAAGCAGAAUUUACCAGUGGAAAUUUUCAAGGAAAAAAAGGCUUUGAUUUCUGUUUUGAUUUUAAUGAGUUGGGUGGUUUCAAUUUUGAGUCGAACAUACUGAAAGAAGAUAAGAAUUCUCAAAAGACAUCAGAAAGAAAAGGAGUUGCUUCAGAGCUAAGUCAGUGUCAAGGUUCUAAAUUGAAACUGAGUGAAGAUAAUGCUGCAUGUGAUGAUAGCUUAAGCAUGAAACUUCCAGCUUGCAAGACUGUGGUCACUUCAAAGGUUGAGACCUCAAUAGUUGUUCAAGGGGAUCUUAAUUCUAGUAAUGAUCAUUCAACGUUUGAGAAUUUGCCUGUGUCACAUGGCCAAGGAACUUCUACAUUGCAAACGACACUUAGGAGUACAGAAGAUACUGAUCAAGAAAACUGCUUGUCUGAGAAGUCAACAUUUGCAGAUCCUUAUCCUCAGCAGGUCAAACCUGAUUUACCAAUCCAAUCUGUUUGUGCAAAUUAUCCAAAUCAAGAUACUAUUUCUGAUGCUUUAGAGGUAGAUACAAAAGUUUGUCCUCUAGGCACAAAAGAAGAAAAUGCUGCAAGUGGAGAGCAAAUUGAUGUUGACGAAAUGACGGUUAGCGUUAGAUCUGAUCAUGAAAAGUCACCAUAUAAGAUUUCAAGUCUGGUGUUCAUUACUGGAUCAGAUAGAGAUGAUGGUGAAAGGAAUAAGUCAGAUGGCCUUGCACCAAUUAAGAAUAUGGAUGACACUGAACCAGCUGAAAGGGAUUUAGAUAUGAAAGAUAAUUCUUUGACAAAUGUCUCAAGAAAGAACCCACAUGACACCAAUGGCAUUUGGCAGAACCAGAGUUCGAGGCUUCAUUUGGCCCCAUUAUGCCGGGAACCUGUAGUUAAUACAAGGAUGCUGGAGAAAGAAAAAGAAGGAAGUAUUCACUCAAAGUUUUAUACAAGGCCAGAGGAAACUGGAUCUCAAUUGUAUCAAUUAUCUGGGACCAAGUUACCCGCAUUUGGCAGAAAAAGAGUUGGGGCCAUGCAUGUAUGUCCCAUUGGUGAAAAAAGGAAGGACUUCAAUGUCAACGAUGCCCAGACUGCAAGCAAAUUGGCUGGCGGUACAAUUUCAGUUGCUAGAGAAGUAACAAAAGGCCAGCCUGUUUUUCUUCGAAGUGAAAAGAAUGUUAAACAUAUUAUUAAAAUCCGGGAGGGCUUAAAUUCCGAUAUUAUACCUCAUGUGGGCAAGCUGAUUGAGAAUUCACAACCACAUGAUAAAGAAGUAACAGAAGGAGAACCUGUUUUGAUAGGAAGCGAAAAGAAUGUUAAAGAUCAUCAUACUUUGAGCUUAACUGAGAAGACAACUGAAUGUAGUGCCCCGGCACGUGUUAAUCUGAAACUUGUGGUUUCAAGCAUGGAGUCGUUGAGGAACUCAAAGAUCAUUUCAGCUGAAAAAAAUAAAGUUUGUCCUAUAAAAGCUGGCAAGAAGAUGCCUGAUCUUUCUCACAUGAAAACUUCAAGGACACUAGGAGCAAAACAAGUUCUAUCAAAUUCUACAAGAGAAGUUUCUUCCUUGGGAAAGUUAGAGGAGAACAGGAAAGUACAAAGCAAUACAGAAUUGAAGACUGAGCAUCCUGUUGACAGUAAUGAGAAACAAAUGUCUCAAAACCUUUCCUUGAAGCGGAAAACAUUUGAGGGUUCAAAUUCAGAUUCAGGGUCCCUAAAGCCUCUAAAACGACUCUCUGAGUCACCUAGUGAAAGCAGCAAUUUUAAAGUACCUGCAGAAAGAAUUCUUGAAGAACAGGUUUGCAUUCAUGGGAUUCAGGGAGAGAGUACUGCCAAGCAUGUUGUUUAUGACCACCUAACCUCUGGACUUGAAAGUCAUAGAGUGGCGAACAUGAUGGACCUGGAAAUUCCUUUAGUUAUGGAGACUGAUGGAAAUGUUGAGAAAGCUGAGGCAUAUGCAAAGGAGCUUGAUGAUAUUUGUAACAUGCUGAAAAAAAAGCACGAGGAAGCCAAGGAGAUAUUGGUUCGAGCUAUUGUGAACAACAAUAAUUUGCUGAUGCUUAACCAUCCAAUCCAUGAAGAGAAGAUCCGUAAGAUUCAGAACUUUGCUGCUCGACUGAUGUCCAAGGAGCUUCAAACGUGAUUAUUAGGAGCCAACAGUUUGAAUAGUAAAAGGUGCGUAAUGCAUUCUUUUUAUCUGACUCGCCUUAAUUUUGCUACCCAGCUGAUUAUUUCAUUUAGAGUUUUGUUUGGCAAUGUUAAAUAAUCAGUUGAGUUAUGCAAGUGUCAGGCUCAGGCAAAAAACUCUCAAUGCGAUGGUUCAUAUUUCAUGGGUC